GAUUAAACUCGGAAGCAGCCGCCAGUCAUCGCAGCAAACUUCACUAGGCAGACGUGUGUUGUUCGUGUACGACUUUGUUUUAUUCCUUUUCUUUCAAGGUGGUUACGAUUUUUUUGUCGUUUCUGAAGUUGUGUGCGCUGCGGCCGUUUUUCUCGGCAAUCAUCGACCAUCAUCAGCUAUCGUCAUCGCCCAGCAGCAGUAAAAAGUCGUCCAUCUUUGAAUCGCCUCUUGAUCGUCUGUUCGCGUUCACCUUCGCAUUCGUGUGCCGUAAAGUGUAGAAGAAGGAUUCUCUUCAUUUUGAAGUGAAAGCGGAUAUUGCCCGAGUGUGUGUGCCAAGGAGACGAAAGUGGCAGAGGGAAGAUUCCGUUCGUUUUCCGUUUUCCCACAGAACCAGUACAGAAUUAUCAAGUUUCGGUAGCCUGGCAAAAAUUAGUUAUUGAAAGUGCUUCAGAUUGACGUGUUUAGGAGCAGCUCAGCUUACCAGCCAAAAUGAGCUGCCCGAUGCCUGAAAUUGGCUCCUGCAUUUCGUUGAUUUCGAAAGCCGAUAUCCGAUAUGAGGGGCUCCUAUUUACGGUAGAUCCGGAUCGUUGUACAAUCGCCCUAGCGAGAGUAAAAUCAUACGGAACGGAAGAUCGCGAAACGCAAUUUCCGAUUGCACCGCAGAACCAAUGCUAUGACUACAUAUUGUUUCGCGGGUCCGACAUAAAGGACAUUCGCGUCAUCAACAACAACCCGGUGCCGAACGAUCCGGCAAUCAUGCAGAUGCAUCUGCCUCCACAGCAGCAGCUACCGCCAAUGCAGAACAAGUUAGGUCAACCAGGCUUCCAGCCGCAACCAGGGUUCAUGAUGCCUCAGAUGGGCCCCGGGCCGAUGAGUGGACCACCUCCUGGGCACCAGCCACUGGCGCAGCCGUACGGUUCCUUCGGGGGAAUCAACAAUCUCGGAGCAUCCGUUUUAGAUUUGAUCGGUGGUGGAGGAGGUACUGGUGGAUCGCGUUCGACUACGCCAAGCAAUUUGCUGUCCCGCAAGAGUCCAACAGUAGAUAUGGGUGUCCAAACAAAUCAACAACAGCAGCAGCAAAAUCAAAGUGGUGCACAACAGAACAAUAGUCGCGAUGCUAAUCGUAGCGGUGGUGAUGGCGGAAACAUGGACCGUACAAAUAAUCAGCGCAAUCGGAACAACAAUCAACGAAACAAUAACAUGCAGCGGGAACGACGUGAUUCGGCAAAGAACGAUGGCGGACAGAUGAAGGAUGGUUUCAAUAAGAAUUUGCAAAGACAAGGAAAUCAGAAUAACCAGAAUCGUGGGUGGAACAACAACCGUGGCAAUAACCAGAACCAGAGCAAUAACAUGCGUGGUCGUCCUCGUGGUCGCGGGGGUAUCCCACAGGGCACCAACAACAACAAUCGUCGAAAGAGUGCUACCUCCACUAGCGAUAGCAAUAAUAAGAAGCCAGCCAUAAAUGGCAUCGUUAAUAGCAAGAAGCCUAAUAAUAAUCAAAAACAGCAGGGACUCAAUCGUGGGAAGAACUUGCUCAAGUUCGAGAACGACUACGACUUCGAGCAGGCCAACAACAAGUUCGAGGAGCUCCGUUCCCAGCUGUCUAAACUCAAGGUGGGCGAUGAAGUGAAACCAGAGCAGUUGAACAGUGAAACAACGGACAAAAAGGACGACUCGGGCAACGAAACUGGUGCCGGUGAACACGAACAGGAGGAGGACGAAGUUGUGUGCUACGACAAGGCAAAGUCAUUCUUCGACACUAUUUCCUGCGAAGCGAUUGAACGCGCUAAGGGUAAACAGCAGCGUACAGAUUGGCGGCAGGAGCGCAAACUUAACACCGAGACCUUCGGUGUAGGAUCAACAAGGCGCGGAGGCUACAACAGACGUGGUGGAUACUACAAUCGUGGUCCGAACAAUUAUCGUGGCAACAACCAGUACCGUAACAAUUACCGAGGACGCAGCGGUAAUCGCAACAAUCAACCCAACGGUCUUUCUCACAAUAAUGGUGGUAAUCGUAACAAUGGUAACAGCAAUAACAACCAGCAGCAGCCGCAACCUCAGCAACCCCGUCUUCAGUCACCUCAAGCACAGCAACCGGCUGCCAUAGAGGUUGGCGCAGGCAAAUAAUGCUAUACAACACAUGAUGAUACGCAGUUAGUUUUAAAGAGCUGACCAGAGUUCCGUUAAGCUUAUCACCAAACCAAAACAUCAGAUAGUAAUAACAUGUUCCUGUUGCGAAUAAUUGAAAGAACAAAGUCUGCUAACCGAGCAGUAAGGAUUAUUAACACGAAAUUUAACAUCGAUAAACCUGCCUACAUCCACCUGCUGUUGGCUCGGUACCAGCAUUAACCCACCGUGACCUUCCUUCGUUGAAUCGAUUGGUCUGUAGAGAAGGCGUACUGAAUUGUUCCCCGAUAUGUCGGACAAGCAAACAAGUUGGGUAGUCUAGACAAAAUAAUCAUUACUUUCAUCCCGGCUAAGUGCAGUGAGAUAGAGAGAAUGAUUAUGCUUGGUAUAACCUCAAUGAUCUGGUCUUAUGUAUACGAUCUUCGCUAAAACAAAAACGAGGACAACGUUUAACGUAUGUCCCCAAACCCCAAUCUAAGCGAAGAUUAAACAUAAGAACCACUGCAAAAGGUAAUCAACACUGAAUGGAAUCGCUUUUCUUUCCCUUUGAUUCAACGUAACAUUGAUCAAAAUAUUACGCGCACAUAAGUUCUUGGGAGAUUGAGCAGAUGUUUAUUUUUCUAUUGCUGGCAACAGAAAAUAAUGCUGAACGACAAAGACUUUGUAGGCACACAAAGUUGUACCACACAUAACAGUAGGAGAUGUGCAGGGAUUUUCUUAAAUUUGCUUGUGUGAUUAUUUCAGAAAAGUACUGCGCUAAGCGUAGUGAAAAUUUAGUCGUGUAUGAAGGAUUUUUAAACUAAACUUGAAAGGAGGAAGCGGAAGGUGAUCAUCAUAAACUAGGUGUAAUAUAACGGAACCAAACGCAGGAAUAAACGGAAUCAACAUUUUGUAUUUCAUGUAGUUCAACGAAGAUGAACGAUCAACCCUUUCGCGGGAAAUUGAAUAUUCAUUAAGAUAUAAUUGAAAAAAGCAGAAGCAAGUUUACAAUUAAAUCAACUCCUCUCAUGAGAAGAGGAGACGAAAGUGUGAAGAUGGAUGUACUGGACCGAGAUAAUGUGAAGUUCGAAGAAAUGGUUUAGGGAUUUAACGUCACAGAAACGAAGAAGUAAUGCGUUUGAUAGAUGGAGAAGAGCCGCGAUAUGAAAAUGGGAGAUGAAAUAUAGAAUUUCAGCGGGAAGCUAACCGAACAUAAAGAGUGUCACUGUAUGUAAAUUAACAUUUUUGUUUAGUAAGCUAUUUAGAUUGAAAAUGUUAUUCAAUUGUUUGGAAAUGGAAGGUUUCUCGUUAUCGUUAAAUAGUCAUCUUAUUUCAUUUUUGGCUUAUUCAUUUCCUUUCAAUUUUAUUACUUUUAACAUAACCAUGCAUGUAAUUUCCGAAAAGUGAAGAAAAUCGGAAAAGAGUUUUUCUUCUUACUGAAUUGGUUAGCUUUCUGUCGAGCUAGUUAGUGACAAUCAUCAGAUUUUCGGUAGCUUCCCGCGACCAGAGUAACAACUUAUUGAAUGUUAUAUCAACAGGUAUACCCGUAAUCUCUCAUAACAUUUCGGAGCUUUGUAAUAUUGAAGAAACAGAAACUAUGUAAUAAUUAUGAUUAUGAUAAUAAUAUGGAAUAAUUAUAAAUAUUAUAUUUAGCAGAAAAAAGCAGGAAUAAGUUAUUUCAAAGAAGCUUCAAACUUUGAGCUGAGUUAGAGAAAAGUCGAAUCCAAAUCAAUCCAACCAAUCACAUAAAAAUGUCCUUUGCAUAAAAUCCUAUUACGUAAAUCUAGUGAAAUCAUACAUUGACAUCUGAGAAAAAAAAACAAUAGUGAAACAACCAACCUCCAAAUAACUAUUACUUUGUACACCUCGUUUAUAAGAGAGGUUGUAAUACAGUUUACGCCAACAUACAAAAAAGUAUAUCGGAAAAGGAAUGAAAGUACUAAAUGAUGGCUAACAUUCUUGGAUCGCCACAAGAGCUCGUAACUGCCAUCGGUGAUUUUCCGGGAUAAUUCAAUGAAAUAAUGGGAAUGUCAUAAAGCUAAGGAUCCAGUAACUGGAAGAAGAAGGUAAAUUUAUCGGCGAAUAAACAAGAUAAGUUUUUUUUCUGAUUUAGAAAAAAUACAAUAAUACACAGAUACCUAUUAACUAAAUGUAUAAGAAGGUUUAAAAGGAUGGUGUAGCAUUUCUAAUGGAGAUCGCGAAAUGACGUUUGGAGAGGAUUAUUCGUGAGUUAUAUUAAAUAGGAUUUCUUGAGUUUUCCAUAAUAACUUACGGCAGACUGGUGAAAGAUGAAGGAAACCCAGAAAGAGAAUGAGAGAGAAGAAAAAAAAAACAGAAUGUAAGAGAGCAAGAGAGAUUGUGUUAGGAGACAUCUAUAACACGUAGAUUAAAGUGCAUU